AUGGCCUCCUCGCCGUUCCCUUCCAUCGACAUCCCCCAGGUCGACCUCUGGAGCUUUCUAUUCGAGCGACGCGAUCGGCCGUACGCCGACGACAAGGGUAAUGCCCUCGUCCUCUUUUCCGAUGCCUCCUCCGGCCGGUCCCUGACCUACCAGCAAAUCCGCCAGCGCGCCCUGACCUUUGGCCAUGCGCUGCGCCGCAAAUGGAACUGGGCCAAAGGCGACGUGCUGCUGACCUUUGCGCCCAACUCCAUCGAUCUGCCGCCCGUGAUCUGGGGCACCCUCGCCAUCGGCGGCGUCGUCUGUCCGGUCAACCCCAGCUACCGCGCCGAGGAGCUGGUGCAUCCGCUGAAGGACGCAAAGGCUAAGGCAAUUGUCACGCAGCGCGCCCAGGCGCCCGCGGCCUUGGACGCCGCCCGUCGUGUGGGCAUCCCCCACGACCGGGUGAUCAUUCUCGACGAGCUGCCGCAGGAACUGACCGACGACGGCACGGCGUACGGGCCCCAUGCGCCUCCGAUCGUCCAGCCGGACCAGGAGCUCGCCUUUCUCGUCUACUCGUCCGGCACGACGGGUCUCCCCAAGGGCGUCAUGCUGUCGCAUCGCAACAUGGUCGCUAAUCUGCUGCAGUCGGCCGCGGUCGACCAGGGCGUGCUGUCGUGCCGUGGCGGCCUGAACGGCGAGGGCGAUCGCGCCCUGGCCCUGCUGCCUUUCUUCCACAUCUACGGCCUCACCUACCUGCUCAACCACACCGUCUACCUCGGCCUGUCGACCUUUGUGAUGCCGCGCUUCCACUUCGACACCUUCUGCCGCGUCAUCCAGGACCAGAAAAUCACCUACGCCUACGUCGUGCCGCCCGUCAUCCUCGAGCUGGUGUCCAACCCACGCGUCGCGCAGUACGAUCUGAGCUCACUGCGCAUGAUGCUCUCUGCCGCGGCCCCGUUGGCCGUCGAGCUGAUCCACGCCCUGCAGCAGAAGCUGGGCCUGCGCGUGCGCCAGGCGUACGGCAUGAGCGAGUGCGCGCCCUGCACGCACAUGCAGACCUGGGACGAAGCCCGCACGCAUCUCGGCUCCGUCGGCCGGCUCCUCCCCAACAUGACGGCAAAAUACGCCCCCGUCGAGGGCGAGACGGGCCGCUCGCGCGAGCUGUGGGUGAAGGGCCCCAACGUCUUCCUCGGCUACCUCAACAAUCCCAAGGCGAAUGCCGAGUCCUUCUCCGACGACGGGUACUACAAGACCGGCGACGUGGGGUACGCCGACGAGCACGGGCAUUUCUACAUCACCGACCGCGUCAAGGAGCUCAUCAAGUAUAACGGGUUCCAGGUCGCGCCCGCCGAGCUCGAGGAUGUUGCGCUGGGGCAUCCGGCUGUCGCGGAUGUUGCGGUGACGGGGGUGAAGAGCGGACAGUCUGGGACGGAGCUGCCGCGGGCGUAUGUGGUUGUGGCCCGCGGGUAUGCGCCGUCGAAGGCGACGGCUGAGGAGAUUGUGAAGUAUGUUGCGGACCGGGUGAUUAGCUAUAAGCGGUUGCGUGGGGGGGUGCAUUUUGUCGAUAGCAUCCCGCGCAAUCCGUCGGGGAAGAUUUUGCGGCGGGAGUUGAAGAAGAUGGAUCGUGCUGCGAAGUUGUAG